AUGCCGCCCCAGCCCCGGCUGCUCCGCACCUACUCGCGGCGCGGCGGGCACCUCCGCCCGCUGCCGCUGCCCGAGCGCUGGAUUUCGCCGCCCCAGGACCGCAAGCGCUUCUUCAGCUCGACCUCCGGCGGUUCCAGCGCGGGCUCGGCCGGCUCCAGCGCCCUUUCCGCCCCUUCGGACGACCCCGACUACUCGCCGCCCGGCAAACGCCGCCAGCGCCCGGGGAAAGCCCCCGCUCGGCCGCGGGCGCUGCGGCCCCGCCGGGCCGGGGGAGCGGAGCGGGAGAGGCGCGUGCCCGGCUCCCCGGGGCCGCCGUGCGGGGCGCGGAGGCCGCUGCUGAGCAGCACCCCGCACUGCGCCCGCCCCGCCGCGCUCAGCCCGCUGCUGCUGCUCGGCCCCAGCCCGCAGGGCGGCUCGGCGCUGGCCGGCAGCCCGCAGCUCUUCUCCACGCCGCGCCGGCAGCGGGCGGGCCCGGCACGCAGGGCCCUGAGCUCGCUGGGCCGCUCCCGGGAGGACCCGCAGCAGCCGCCGGGGGCUGCGGGGGAGGGCGAAGCGGGGGCUGGACGGUCCCGCCCGGCGGGCACCGAGAGGGGCAGCGAGCCGGGCCUGGUGCUGGGGGAGUCGGGGCCGGGAGCCCGGCAGGAAGCCGGCAGCGGGCCUCGGGCAGCGCUGGCCCCCCUGAACCGAGAGAACCGGGCCCCUGCUGGCCGCGAGCUAAGGAGAGGCUCCAGAAAUGGGAGCUUGGCUUGUCAGAGAGAUCAAAACGGGUCCUGCCCGCUGACACCAGUGGUGCUGUUGGACCCUGGAGUAGUGCCCAUGUGGCAGUCGGGCAAGAAGCAGGGUCAAAAGGCCCCGAAGACUCCAGCUGCCUGCCAGCAGCCAGGAUCUCCUUUAGGCCUUCAAGGAAUCUGGGAGAAUGAACAUAAAAGCACUAAGGUCGUUCCCGGAGGGGGAAGUACCUGUAGAAAAGCUUGUAUCAGUGGCUUCAGUGCCAGUCGGUGGGGGAGGCAAAUAAGACUCCGUCCAAAAAGGUGUAAAAAUAAGAGAAAGCAGCAGCCUAAUGACUCCCUUUUCAGACCACCACCGAGGCAAAAAGGAAAGAAGAAGGGUGUUGUGGAGAUGUCUGUAGAUACAAGAGACAAUGACUGUUCAUUCCUCAAUAGCUCCUAUUCCUGGGGCAGACUUCGAGCGUCUUUGUCCUUCCAUAAGAAGAAGACAGUCACCACAGAAGCGAGUUUCUGCAACAGCAUCCUUUGUACCCCCUCUGUGAAAUCCCACCUUUCAGGGUACCAAGCCACCCCAUCUACUGGUAAGGCUCAGUGCAGCACUUGGUCUGCUUCUUCCAUGAUCCUGCUGGCUCCCAGGGAUUCCUGCUCUGUCCUGGAGCUCAUGCUUACAGAUGCUGAGAAGGUUUUUGGGGAAUGCCAACAGGAGGGGCCUAUUGCUUUUGAGGAAUGCAUUCCUUUAGAUAAGAUGAAAAAUGGCAAGAAAAUUGGAGAAGGGGUGUUUGGAGAGGUCUUCCAGAUUGAUAGUGAGAGAGGACCUGUGGCCUUAAAAAUAAUUCCCAUUGAGGGCACCCAAAGAGUAAAUGGUGAAGCUCAAAAGAGCUUUGGAGAGAUUCUGCCUGAGAUCAUAAUUUCAAAAGAACUCAGUCUUCUGUCUGAAGAGUCUGUGAACAGGACUGUGGGGUUCAUCAGCUUGUACUCUGUGCACUGUGUUCAGGGGGCCUAUCCUAAGUAUCUCCUGGAAGCCUGGGACAAAUACCACAAAGCAACAGGAUCAGAAAAUGAUCGGCCAGACUUUUUUGGAGACAAGCAGCUCUUUGUUGUUCUGGAGUUUGAAUUCGGAGGCAGCGACUUGGAGAAUCUGAGAAAGGGGUUCAGUUCAGUGGCAUCAGCAAAAAGCAUCUUGUACCAGGUGACUGCUUCCCUGGCUGUGGCAGAACAGGAACUGCACUUUGAGCACAGGGACUUGCACUGGGGGAACGUGCUGGUGAAGAAAACAGAUGUAAAGGAGCUUGAGUACGUGUUGAAUGGGGAAACACACACGAUCCCCACAGCAGGACUUCACGUCAACAUCAUCGACUACACCCUGUCUCGGCUGGAGAAGGAUGGCUUGACUGUCUUCUGUGACCUUUCCACUGAUGAAGAACUGUUCCUAGGCACGGGGGACUACCAGUUUGAUAUCUACAGACAAAUGAAAGAGGAGAACUCCAACAACUGGACUGACUACCACCCACACAGCAACGUCCUCUGGCUGCACUACUUGUCAGACAAACUCCUGAACGACGUGCGCUACAGGAAAAAGGCAUCAACUCCUGCCAUGAAGAAAACAGAGCAGCAGCUCAAGAAGUUCCACAAGGAAGUACUGACCUUUGGCUCUGCCAAUGAAGUUUUACAGAACAGCAGCCUCUUCCAGUGAGCAAGGGAGUGCCACGUUUCCAUGAACUAAGUCCCCAAUGCUGCCUUUCUCCUUUGCUGUUUUUAUGUAUGAUUUUUUUAAAUGUUGGCAUGUUGAAGAAGUGUUAUGG